AUGGAUCAAACAAUUCGUCACGGAGCAGUAAUCAAGACUGCAGAAGUUGGGAACUUUGAUAAUAAGAGAAAAUGGGAUGGAAACCAAGGAAGAAACUUUACUCCUCGACCGUUCAGGAAGCCUGAUAACAUAAGAGCCUACAACGCGGGCCCGAGCAAUAACAUGCCAAACAAGGGAAACUCGCCAGUUUGUGGCCAGUGCAAGCGUAAUCAUCAAGGACCUGGCAAGUACUGUGAAAAGUGCAAAAGGUAUGGCCAUCUUACAAGAGAUUGUAAGACUACCCCACCUACUAAUAUCAGAACCGCACCUGGAGAAUUCACCCCGUCACUUAAUAUAACUCCCGAUAAAUUAGAUGCUAAGUAUACAGUAGAAUUAGCUAACGGAAAACUCAUGUCUACCGACAAAAUAUUUCAAGAAUGUACUAUAAACUUAGACGAUCGUCUUUUUCCAAUAGACUUUAAGCCUGCAAGAUUAGGAAGCUUUGACAUAAUCAUCGGUAUGGAUUGGUUGUCGAAACAUCAUGCCGAAAUCUUGUGCUGCGAUAAAGCAAUCCGAAUUCCUCUCCCGAAUGGAGAAGUGAUUAUCAUACAAGGAGAGAAAAGUGGCACACCACUAAACAUCAUAUCGUGUAUGAAAGCUCGGAAGUGCUUGAAGAAAGGAUACUUUUCUAUCCUAGCACACGUGAAAGAAAAGAAUUCAGAUGAGAAACAAUUAGAAGAGGUGCCAGUAGUCAAAGAAUUUCCCGACGUAUUUCCAGAAGAAUUACCAGGACUCCCACCAUCUAGACAAGUAGAGUUUCAUGUUGAUUUAGCACCUGGAGCGAAACCAGUAGCUUGA